GCGCGGGGAGCGGCGCGGUCCCGUCCGGCCCUGCCCGGCCCGGCCCCGUCCCGGCCCGCGGACGCACCCCCAUGCCCGCUCACGGCCGCCCGCCGGCAGCGGCUGACGCCUGCGGAGCAGCGAGGCGCGGGGCCCGGGGAGGCGAUGGCUGCGGAUCUGGUGGUGCUGCUCUGCCUGGCCGCCGCCGCGGCCGCCGUGGAAGAAACCCUGAUGGAUACGCGGACGGCGACGGCCGAGCUGGGCUGGACCGCCAACCCUCCAUCGGGGUGGGAAGAAGUCAGCGGCUACGACGAAAACCUCAACACCAUCCGUACCUACCAGGUGUGCAACGUCUUCGAGCCCAACCAGAACAACUGGCUCCUCACCACCUUCAUCAACCGGCGCGGGGCUCAUCGCAUCUACACCGAGAUGCGCUUCACAGUGCGGGACUGCAGCAGCCUCCCCAACGUCCCCGGCUCCUGCAAGGAGACCUUCAACCUCUACUACUACGAGACGGACUCUGUCAUUGCCACCAAGAAGUCCACCUUCUGGACAGAGGCACCCUACCUCAAAGUGGACACCAUUGCUGCUGACGAGAGCUUCUCCCAGGUGGACUUUGGUGGCAGGUUGAUGAAGGUGAACACAGAAGUGAGAAGCUUCGGGCCUCUGACCCGCAACGGCUUCUACCUGGCGUUCCAGGACUACGGGGCUUGCAUGUCUCUGCUGUCUGUCAGGGUCUUCUUCAAGAAGUGCCCCAGCGUGGUGCAGAACUUUGCCAUCUUCCCGGAGACGAUGACGGGAGCGGAGAGCACCUCUCUGGUGACCGCCCGCGGCACCUGCAUCCCCAACGCCGAGGAGGUGGACGUGCCCAUCAAACUGUACUGCAACGGGGAUGGUGAGUGGAUGGUCCCCAUCGGCCGCUGCACCUGCAAGGCUGGCUACGAGCCGGAGAACAACGUGGCCUGCAAAGCCUGCCCGGCGGGGACGUUCAAGGCCAGCCAGGGUGCGGGGGUCUGCACGCUGUGCCCCCCCAACAGCCGCUCCACCGCCGAGGCCUCUCCGCUCUGCACCUGCCGCAACGGCUACUACCGCGCGGAUUUCGACCCGCCAGCGGCCGCCUGCACCAGUGUCCCAUCCGGUCCCCGCAAUGUCAUCUCCAUCGUCAACGAGACGUCCAUCAUCCUGGAGUGGCACCCGCCGCGGGAGACGGGCGGUCGGGACGAUGUCACCUACAACAUCGUCUGCAAGAAGUGCCGCUCGGACCGACGCGCCUGCUCCCGCUGCGAUGACAACGUGGACUUUGUCCCCAGGCAGCUGGGGCUCACGGGGACCCGGGUCUUCAUCAGCAGCUUGUGGGCACACACGCCCUACACCUUCGAGAUCCAGGCCGUCAAUGGGGUUUCCAACAAGAGCCCCUUCCCACCUCAGCACAUCUCCGUCAACAUCACGACCAACCAAGCCGCUCCCUCCACCGUCCCCGUCAUGCACCAGGUGAGUGCCACCAUGAGGAGCAUCACGCUGUCCUGGCCUCAGCCCGAGCAGCCCAACGGCAUCAUCCUGGACUAUGAGAUCCGCUACUAUGAGAAGGUGAGCCGCAUCUGCACACCCGACGUCGGCAACGCUGUGGGCUCCAGGCCACCAGCGGACCACAACGAGUACAACUCCUCCAUGGCCCGCAGCCAGACCAACACGGCCAGGAUCGAGGGGCUGCGCCCCGGCAUGGUGUACGUGGUGCAGGUCCGCGCCCGCACUGUGGCCGGCUACGGCAAGUACAGUGGCAAGAUGUGCUUCCAGACACUGACGGACGAUGACUACAAGUCAGAGCUGAGGGAACAGCUGCCUUUGAUUGCGGGCUCUGCAGCAGCCGGCGUGGUCUUCAUUGUGUCGCUGGUGGCCAUCUCCAUCGUCUGCAGCAGGAAACGCGCCUACAGCAAGGAGGCCGUGUACAGCGAUAAACUGCAGCACUACAGCACCGGGCGAGGGUCUCCAGGGAUGAAGAUCUACAUUGACCCCUUCACCUAUGAGGACCCCAAUGAGGCGGUGCGAGAGUUCGCCAAGGAGAUCGAUGUGUCUUUUGUGAAGAUUGAGGAGGUCAUUGGAGCAGGGGAGUUUGGAGAGGUCUAUAAAGGACGUCUGAAGUUGCCUGGCAAACGGGAGAUCUAUGUGGCCAUCAAAACGCUUAAGGCCGGCUACUCGGAGAAGCAGCGCCGGGAUUUCCUGAGCGAGGCCAGCAUCAUGGGGCAGUUCGACCACCCCAACAUCAUUCGGCUGGAAGGGGUGGUGACCAAGAGCCGACCCGUCAUGAUCAUCACCGAGUUCAUGGAGAACGGAGCCCUGGACUCAUUCCUGCGGCAAAACGACGGGCAGUUCACGGUGAUCCAGCUGGUGGGGAUGCUCCGAGGCAUUGCCGCCGGGAUGAAGUACCUUGCGGAGAUGAAUUAUGUGCACCGAGACCUGGCUGCCAGGAACAUCCUGGUCAACAGCAACCUGGUGUGCAAAGUGUCUGACUUCGGCCUCUCGCGCUACUUGCAGGACGACACGUCUGACCCCACCUACACCAGCUCCUUGGGGGGGAAGAUCCCCGUGAGGUGGACGGCGCCGGAGGCCAUCGCCUACCGCAAGUUCACCUCAGCCAGCGACGUCUGGAGCUACGGCAUCGUCAUGUGGGAGGUGAUGUCGUUCGGGGAGAGGCCCUACUGGGACAUGUCCAACCAAGAUGUCAUCAAUGCCAUCGAGCAGGAUUACCGGCUCCCGCCGCCCAUGGACUGUCCGGCCGCCCUGCACCAGCUGAUGCUGGAUUGCUGGCAGAAGGACCGCAACACCCGCCCGCGCUUCACCGAGAUCGUCAACACCCUCGACAAGAUGAUCCGCAACCCGGCAAGCCUCAAAACUGUGGCUACCAUCACCGCUGUGCCUUCUCAGCCCCUCCUCGACCGCUCCAUCCCUGACUUCACUGCCUUUACCUCAGUAGACGACUGGCUGAGCGCCGUGAAGAUGAGCCAGUACCGGGACAGCUUCCUGACCGCUGGCUUCACCUCCCUGCAGCUGGUUGCCCAGAUGACGUCUGAAGACCUCCUGAGAAUAGGGGUGACUUUGGCUGGGCACCAGAAGAAGAUCCUGAACAGCGUCCAGUCCAUGCGAGUCCAGAUGAGCCAGUCUCCGACCUCGAUGGCGUGACGUCCCUUGCUGGAUGGGGAGGGCAGAGGCAGGAGGGGACGAGCUGACAGACGCCACAGGGCAGCGACUGGAGAGGUGCCACCGCUGCCCGGGGACUGUCAUCGCAGGCCAAGGAUGUCCCUGGGACUCAUUAACCGGUGACUUCCGUUCCUCACCAACAGAAGCACACUUACCGAUGUCAUGGGGAACUGCUUAUAAAUACAUAUAAAUAUGUACAAAUCAUAUAUUUAAAAAGAAAAAGACGAAAAACAAUGAAGACAAAACAAUGUGUGUUGGGGAAGCAAACCCAAACCCUAGAGACCAGACUCCAAUCCCACCACAAGAGCAGUGGUCGCAACUGAGGAGGAGGAAGGGGCUGUUGGGGAAGGGAGAGUCACAUAAUGGAGCAUCCCGGCUGGAGAAACCACCUUCCUUUUCUUUUCUUCUUCCUGGCCCUUCCUGCUCACCCCGCUCCCCUCUCUGCUCCUGGACCGGUGGAAGUGUCCCCAGAUGUCCCCGCAGCUCCCUGCCGUCCCACCCGGCUGCCGCUCCGGCGACUACCAAAGGACUUGGCUGACCACUGCAUGGGGGAUCCGACUCAAUCCAGUUAAUGUCUUCAUAUUGAAGAAGAGAUGUACCUUCAAUAGAAAAACCUUGGGUUUUGGUUUUUUUUUUUUUGCUUUUCUCUUUUGCUUGCAUUUUUUUUGCAAAAAGAAAAAAAAUUAACAAUCCAUCCUGGAAAAUGGAGAAGAGGUGUUUCCCGUGUGUGUGUGUGUGUGCGCUCGUGCGCGUGUGUACCUUGUCACCCUCCCGUGGACUCACUGCUUGUCCGGCACUGAAGAUGGGGGGACCAGGGGGUGUCCCCGCAGCCUCGGGGAUGGUGACACAAGGGCUCAGCAUCCCGCGGCGGGGACGGGAUGGACCCGCUUGAUGAUGCUGGAAGAGGAGAGGUGCUCUGGGAAAGACUGCUAAAGCCCCCGGAGCUGUGGAGAUGGCUGUGGAGGACUUUUAUUUCCCCAUCUUGUGGACCUAAGGAUUUUGAUAUUGAAUUACGGACUUAGGUUUCGUGGCUUUGGAGGGACGUCGGGUCCAGCAUCGCAGUGACCGAGAGGGGACGGACACCGGUCCCUGGGGACCGUCCCCCCGCCACCCACCAGACAAUGAUCCGGGAGCCCCGUGUCCCCCCGUGCUCGUCCCCUGUCCUGUACAUAACCAGUGACAUGUCUGUAAAAGAUUCUACCCCUUGUAAUUUUUCUUUUUUCCCCCAAUUCCCCGAUUUGUUGAUUGUGUUGAAAUUGUCGGAGUUUGUAACAGUAACUUUCAGAGAAUAUUGUACUAAAGGGAAAAUUGCACUCAAUAAAAAUGAUGAAAUGAG